AGUGAAGGAGUCCUAACCUUAGACCAAGUCACCAGGAAGCAGAAUUUUUUUUCUUUUCUUUGGCUUGGGUGGGGAUGAAUCAUGAAUGGCAUAGUAAUGUUCUUUAAGCAGAAUUAUUGUCGAUCAGUUGCUUGGGCAUUCUUGGGACGCUGACUCUGGCUUGGUCCAAGGUGAUUAUGAAAGCGUUUUAUCAGGACACAGUAACGAGAACAUGAAAUGCAAUUUUUCCAUGUCCUGGUGAAGUGGGAAAGGGUGGAAGGGGUGAAGGUGUGUGUCGAAGUCCCCCGAACACUCAUUGGCAGGUGACGAGCGUGUAGAACUUUGGCUGCUCUUUCACAUGUUCUGGUCACCCUCACCACGGUGUGGCAAAGUCUUUGACCAAAGGGAAAAAAGCGGAAGAUCUAAGAGAGAGGGGGUGAAGAAGGAAUUCGGUCCAUCGCAGAUCACAGAUUGAGGUGCCACCAAGGAAUGUGAAGACGCGUUGGCUGCGGGGGAAGGAAGGAGGUGAGCGGAUCGAGUAACAGGGCAUGGAUCGCCUGGUCAGGACGGAUGUGAAAGAGUUGGAGCUGUUGUUCAAGCGGGGGCAGCAGCGAUGCUCUGCAAAGUUCAGGGUUCAGAAUUUGAUGCACACGAUGGCCGUGGCGAUCGACAUAUCCACCACAAAUACAGCCGCCUUCACCAUCAAGCCUUCAUCCCCUGCCGUCAUCCCUCCGCUCUCUCUUGCCCAGUUCUCCAUCUUCACCAACAAUCCCUCCGAGGAUCGCCCUCCGCUGGCCUUCCCUCAGGACAAGCUCUUUAUACGAAGUUCCAUGCUCCCCACGGGGAAAGCCGAAGAGGAGCAGCUCCAUUGCAUCUUCUCCCAGCCCGGUGCCCACGUUUACAAGGAUGCCACUCUCCCCAUCUCCUUCACAGGCGAAGAUACAGCCCGCGCCAUCAUCUUCGGCCACCACCGCCUCCAUCACCACGACCAUGGCGAUGACGGCAGAGUGUCCCCACUCUCUUCCUCCUCCUCCCCCUCCUCCUCCUCCUCUUUCCUCCUUGCCAAGGCUGUCUCUGUCUGCACACCUUCUCAGAAAGCCGACCUUCUCCGUUCGGCUGCUCAAUUUGGCGAAUCCGACCUUGUUUCCGCUCUCAUCGACGCCGGAGCAGACGUCAAUUGCAGGGAUAACCAUGAUCUCUCUCCUCUGUACUUAGCCGUGCUUUCGGGCGAUGCCGGAUCCGUCAGGGUUCUGCUCUCAGCCGGUGCUGCUGUCGAUCUCUCCGUCGGCCGUUUCCUUCAUUCGGCGGAGUCACUGAGGAGGCUAGACGUGCUCUCUGCUUUCGUGGAUUCGGACCUCUUCGACGUUAACGGCGCCAUGGAUUCGCUGGGGCGGACACCACUGCACCUGUCCGCGGUCCAUGGCAACGUCGACGCCUUGCGCCUGUGCAUCUCGUGGGGAGGGGAUGUCGACCGUGUCGACCUGAAUGGGUGGACUCCCCUGCACUGUGCCGCUGCGGAGGGCCAUCUAGGGGCGGUCGACUUCCUGCUGGCGGUCUGCAACACCAAGUACGCGGUCACCAGGGACGGGAAGACGGCCCAUAUGCUAGCCAUGGAGUCGGGGCACCACCACCUCAUGGACGCCCUCUGCCUCGCGGACAAGCUGCACAGGGCGGCAGGGCAGGACGGCAACGUCCACGGUGUGAAGGAGUACGUGGCGCAGGGGGCGUCCGUGGAUUCAAGGGAUCAGAACGGGUGGACGCCCUUGCACAGGGCGGCCUUCAAAGGUCGGGCCGACGUCGUCCAGUUCCUUCUAGACCAGGGCGCCCAGCUCGACCCCCUGGAUAACGCCGGAUACACGCCUCUGGACUGCGCGGCGGAAGCAGGCCAUACCCACGUCGCAAAGCUUCUCAUCUGCCGCGGUGCGCGCCGGAACAGCAAUGACGACAACAACCAGGCCCUCAAAGGUUCGACCUGCCCCGUUGGGUUCUUUUCUUCCGUGGACCGUAGCUCUUCUCUUGAUGAGCAGUAAGUGUAGUAAAUUAAAAGUUUUCCACUCCUACUCAAAGGAUCAGUCCGUCCAAGCGAGUUUUAUUUUUCCUGUGGACAGCUAAAAAGGCCAAAAAACAUUGUGUUCGCAAA